UGUUUGACUGAAUGACAGCAAUCGCAGCUUCAUUAUGCAGAGGGAUUCUGCAUGGAGUUCGAAGUUGAGGUCAGUGCAGAGGGUCGCGUGCUGGGUUUAGUGCCGGAGGCUUGGCCCCCAGGCCCUGUUCGCGUGGCCGCAGUCUUGGCAAACAGCGUCGCGGCAGAGAAUGACAUUCGCGUGGGCGAUGAGCUGGCGAUGGUCAACGGAUUGUUCGUCAGCUCUUUGGAUCACCAUUCUUUGGCCAGGGAGCUCAGCAAUCGACCCCUACGAUUGCUUCUGCAACGUCAUGCGCAACCAGAUGGAUGCAUGAUCAUUGACGUGCGUGCAGGCCCUGAUGAUGGAGCAAUUGGCUUCUUUCCCAAGAACUGGCCGCCGGGGCCAGUGGUCGUGGGCGCCGUUCUGCCAAGCAACCUUGCAGCUCGGAACGGCGUGCAAGAAGGAGACCUACUGUGGCUGGUGGAGGGAAAGCAGGCUGCGCUCAUGUCCUCUGCUGAUCUCACCAAGUCUUUGUCUCAGCGACCCUUAUCACUGCGCUUUCUUCGUGGAGAUGCUUUAGAAUAUGCAAGUCAUGUCCUUGGCAGCGGAAAGAUUUCAAUAUUUGAGCCCCCCUCAGAACAUCACGGCAUCAUCGAGCAGACACAGAUUUUGCAGGUGCAGCAAUUGCAUUUGCAGCAACUUCAGCACAGUCAGGAACAGGGGCACUACCCAAAGGUGCAAAAGGAGAGCCAGGCAACCUUGGAGCGACAAAAUGACGAAAGGCGCACGCUUCAGUUGAUGCAAAAGCAGCACAUGUCCCACCUGCAUCAGACUUUCCGGGCGCAUCAGCAACUCCUUGAGGAGCUUCCGGUUGAUGGCGAGAGCGUGACUCCAGAGACUCACUCAGAUGGGAGGAGGUUGCGAGGCAAGCCGCCAAAACCACGAACCCCACAAAAGCGGACAAAGACGCAGAGCCCCAAUGAGCAAGAUGAGCAGUCAACGAAGCGGGACCAUGUGAUUCCGCAAGAGCAGACAGCCCACUGCACACAAUUCACGCAGACGGACGUGCCUUCCCUGGAAGACAAAUACACACAGCCAGAAGCUGUUGCAACAGAGGAAUUCCCCAGCGCAGAGGUUACACAAACCGACAUGCCUGAAUUGAAAAAGAAAGCUAUCCAGCCUGAUCCUGAUUUGUUCCCCCUGGAUCGCGUUCCCAGCUCAGCAGAGUUGCUGGAAAGUGAAAGUAUCACUGCCGCAAGCGUGCAAGAGAUGGAUUUGCCGGCACUAGUACCUCUCAGCUCAAUUGAGCCCCGGCAGCCGGAUACCAUCCGCAGGACUCUUCCUGAUUCCUCCGGGCAUGUCUCUGGCAGAUUUCACUGGGGGCGCGCAUGUUCUCCAUCUUCACAUGCUGAGCCGUUGGAUAAAGAGAUGAACGAGCUUAGGCUUUUGCAGCGGACUCUCAACACGAACGAUCAAUGUCAUGGGCUCAAGUUGCGCGAGCUGCCUCCUCCACAAAGACCUCCAGCUGGGGAGGUGCGUCAAGACGCACAAGAGAAGCAGUCGGAAACUCGGACAGCGGCAAAGUCGGAAGUUGUCUUUUCGAAGCUGCAGAAAUGGCUUGAUCAAUGUGCACUCUCGCAGAAUGCGGUGAUUUUCUAGCCGAAGCCGAAGCAUGCUGUUCAUGCUUCCUCCAAAUGGAGGAGAGUGUGGCCAGGUGAG